AUUUUUUCAUCCCAAAAAUUGCAACUAAAAAAAAAAACAUUUGCAAAAUUAAUAAAAAUGCAAUUCAGUACAAUUUUAAUUAUAUACAUUUUCUGUUAAUUUUGAGGAUUAGAAAUCUGUUUUCGUGACUGUGAGUAUCAAUAAAACGAGAACAAAGAAAAAAUAGAAGGGAAAAAAGAAAACAGUAUAUUGUUUAUACAUUAUAAAAGCUGUUUUUCUUUUGUCCUUGAACGAUUAAAUAUAAACAAGUCUUUUUAAAGAGAGAAAGAUUGAGAGAGAGGGACAUUAGAGCUCUCCUAGAUUUUAUGAUAAUUGCAAUAAAGUUGAAGGCAUAUAUAAGUAUACAGUGAACGUGUUGUGACUUGAAUUAUAUAUAUACACAUCUUGUCGACGAACAACAACGAGAAAGAAAGAGAGAGAGAGAGAGAGUACGAGAAUCAACGAGAAGUGGACAUAUCGAAAUGGAGAUUUUGCACAUACCGCGUGGUUUAUCUCACAAAUUGUGUAUCAUUGCUUAAUGUGAUCAUCAUUCUAAAAAAUGCAAUAUCUGUUUUGAUAAUACCGGAUAUCUGAUAAUAAAGGUAUUUAAUCCGGUGUAAAUAUAAAAAAAAAAAAAAAAAAUGACAGAACAAAAGCAAUCAGAAUUUGAACGCAUGUCGUUAGAUCAAAUAAUUGAGGUAGUAACGGCAGAUUUGGAAAAUUCUGCUGGACAUUAUGUUCAAUUUGGAAUGCCGUCCCAACAAUCAACGUCCCAUAAUUGGUCGGAUUAUAAUCCAAAUAGAAUACAACGUUAUAUACCAGGACCAACUGCUCAUCCAAAUACAUCAAAUAUUCAAUCAUUAAAUUCAAUGACAACACCAGUUUAUAUGCAUCCCGAUACAUCGACAUACGAUUCACCAAUUCCAGAACAAAUUUAUUUUCCACCACAAACAGUUAAUCAUUUAGGAAUAAAUGAAAAUAAUGAUCUUAUUGGAACAAUUGAUGUUGGAGGUGGUAAUUUUAUUAAUGUUAUUUAUGGUAAUGCAUCACAAAUAAUGGCCGAACAAUGUCAAUUGAAUAAUUUAAAUUCAUUUAAUAAUCAAAGUUUAAUUGAUCGUGAAUAUGGCCUCUUUGGAAAUCAACAAGUAACAACAAAUUUAACACAACAAAAUUCAAAUAAUUCAAAACAAUUAAUUGAUAAUCUUGUUGGUAAUUGGGUACCAAAUCAAUCGGGUACAUAUAGUCCAUUUGGUGGUUCACCAAAUGUAUUUCCAGUACCAAAAUCAACAACAAUAACUGAAAUUAAAGAUAACGAUGAAUUACCACGUGCUGCACCUGAAACUUAUCAAAAAAAACCGCGUGCAAUUGCUGAAGUUAAACCAAUGCGUCCAUCAUAUUCUGAUGUAUUAACAAAAUCAGCGCCAACACCAUCGUCACCACAAACAGCGCCAUCAAUAAAGCCAAAACAAGAGCAAACUGUUAAAAAACCAAUUAGUAAAAAAACAAAAUCAAAACCAGCUAUUUUAAAAAGACAAAAUUCAUCUGGUAGCGAUGAUCAUAAUUCCCCUAAAGUUCAAGGACCAAAAAAAAUUCUUGAAAAUAAAAAUUCUAAUUUAUCAAGACGAUGGGUAUCACUUGAUAAUCUUGGUUCACCAAUUGAAACUGAAUUAAAUACAUUUAAUAAAUCUGAUAAUUUUAAUGAGAAAAAACGUCCUAUUAAAACAACAAAAAAAAUGGAAAAAAAUGAAACAUUAAAUAAUACAAAAAUUCAAAAUUGUAAUACAAAAACAAGUGGUAAUAAUGUUCAAAAAAAGCCAAUACAAAUAAAUAAUAAUUUAAAUACAAUAAAUAGUUUCAGUCAAACAAUAUCGGCGGAUAAAAUUGAAAAAAAUCAACAGGCAAAUAAUAAAAUUGGUAAAGAUGAUAAAAAAAAUUGUAAGGAUAAAAAUUCAAAACGCUUCCAAGCUGAAAAAGCACAACAAAUAAGAAAAGGACAACGUAGCCGUAAACGUGAAAAUCGUGAAUCAGCGCUUAAAGAUGUUUAUCGUAAUUUAAAUAAAUAUUUAUUACGUUGGAGUAAAAUAAUUCUCAAAAUUUUUUAUUGGCUCUUUCAUUUGAUUUCCGAUGUUUUUAGUAUGAGUGCAAAUCUUGUUAUUCAGCUUGGAAAAUGUGGAUGGUUUCAUACAAUUCUUUAUUUAAAAUACUCAUGGAUGUACUUGGCGACUUCAUUUUCAAAAAUACGAUUUUUAAAUGCUUUUGGUAAACAAAUGGAUAGUUGGUUGGGUGGUAGUAAAUUUGCAUUUUGGCGUAAAUUACGAACAAAAAAUGAAGAGAAAGAUGAAACACCAGCUGGAUGGAUUCAUGGUGGUUUAGAGGCAAAUAUUGCAUUACCAAGUACAGGUGAAGAGGCAAUGAAACGAUUACUUGCAUGUAAAGGAAAAGAUCCUUACAGUAUACUUGGAGUAACGCCAACAUGUUCUGAUGAUGAUAUUAAAAAGUAUUAUAAACGACAAGCAUUUCUUGUUCAUCCUGAUAAAAAUAAUCAGCCAGGCGCUGAAGAGGCUUUUAAAAUUCUCGUCCAUGCCUUUGACUUAAUUGGCGAACCGGAAUUAAGACAAGCGUUUGAUCAAACAAGACAAGUGGAGGCCGCUUGGGGCGAAUUGAGUGACUUAUUAUCGCAAUUGCAUAGAAAAAUGGAGCAAGCUGCAAAUACAAUAAGAUGUACAAAUUGUGGUUUACGACAUAAAAGAAUUCCAACUCAACGUCCUUGUUAUGCGGCUCGAUUUUGUGCACAGUGCAAAAUUCGUCAUAGCGCGAAAGAAGGUGACAUUUGGGCAGAAUCUCGCGUAAUGGGCUUUUUAUGGCAUUACUAUGCUUGUAUGGAGGGAGCAGUUUAUGAUGUAACCGAUUGGGCUGCGUGUCAAGCUGGAAAUUUAAAGCAUCUUAGAGCAAAUACACAUAGCGUUCAAUACAGAAUUGUUUUAGGACAACGAUUACCGACACAAUCACCCGCCGGUGGUAAAAAACGACAACAAACGGAUAAUAAUACAAGUGAGGCGGAUUUUGAGGAUUUCAUCAACAAUCUUUGUAAUCACAGUAAAGCAGGUGGCUCCAAUUCAGCCGAGCAGAACAAAGGCGACAAUAGAAAACGUAAAACCAAGCGUAAGAAGUAAAAAAAGUUUUACUAAAAAAAAAAAAAAAAGUGAUUAAUGUUUUACAAAAACUUUUUUUUUUUUUUUUAAUUUUUAACAAAUGAUACUCUUGUAUUAAGGUCUGUCAAUAUGUACUAACUCUUUCUUUGAGUGAUAAGAUUAAUCUUAUUUGAAGGUAAUCGUUUAAAAAAAGGACGUUUGUAACGUCGAGUAAUUUUAAAGAGAAAGAGCUUUUUUUUGUGUUCAAUUGCUUUUUUUUAAAAAAAAAAAAAAAACGCCCUCAAGUUUGCAUCAAAUGACAACCAGGCAUAAAUUCAAAUAUACUACAUAAUAAUAGUAAUAGCAGUAAUAAUAAUAAUAAUAAUAAUAAUAAUAAUAAUAAUAAUAAUAAUUUAAGAGAUAAUUUGUAUAAUCGAUAUCAAUUUCAAAAAGAGCAAUUGCUUUCUGUUGAGACAUUUUUGAAAAAAAAAUAUUAUUUUUAUAAAAUGGUGAUACAAAAUACUUUUGUAAAUGAUAAUUUUUUUUUCUCGAUAAAUUAAUAUAAUUUUUUUUUUCUUUUUUGCUUAGACGAGUUUUAUAUUUUAUUGCAUAUAUCGAUUGAGAUAUAUUUCUAUGAAUGGUUAUAAACUAUUUCUCGUGCAACAAAAUAAAAAAAAAAAAAAGAAAAAGAAAGAAUUCUUCAUUAUUUUUAAUACUAUGUCAAUUGACGUUAAAAGAAAAUUCAGUAAGUCCUGCUCUAAAUGAAUAAAAGAAAUAUGCAAAUAUUGCGAUUUUUUGGAUUUAUUAAUAAUUUUUACGUUUCUUUUAACACAAUUUGAUUUAUAGGUGUUAGCGAUAAUUUUUAUCGUCGUGAAUUACUAAUUUGUUUUUAAUAAUAAUAAUAAUAUAUACAUAUAUUUAAAAAAAAAAAAAAAAUGUGUUACUAGUGUUUAUUGUUAAAGAAAAUUUCAUAACAUUUUCUUUUUUGUGUAUAAAAAACAAAGAGAGCAUUUUUUUUCGGCUGCUCAAGUUAGAUAAAUUGACAGGCAAGGAUUAAGACUGAUUUUCUUCUCAUUCUGUCACUCAAACAAUGAGCAAUGUUCAUAAUAAUAUUCUAAUAAUAAAUUUUGUGCAGAGAUA